CAACCGGAAGCAUCGCGUCUUAUUUUGAAACCCUCCGCCGGAUGUGUAGUCCUUUACUCCGGCUGACUUGACGCCUUGUAGUUCUUGUUGUGUUGAACUUCACGUGCCAAACUCCGGACCGUCGUAUGAGCCGACCAUGACCCGGAGAGGAGACAUGACCCGCAGCUUGAAAGUCUCCGCGACCGUCGCAGAAACCGUCUCCAAGACUCGUCGGUUGUUUUUGUGCUGAGGGCGGAUUUAGAGACAGCGAGACCGAACAAGAAGCAACUUCUGCCGGACUGCGAGCGCGACCAGGCGGGGAGACGACGCCCGGAGAGCCGCGAGCACUUCGUUAUUUACCGCCCAGUUCUCCACGAUGUUCAAGCUGUGGCUCCACAGAGCCGGGCUCCGGGCGGCCGCGGAGAAGUUACCGAGGCUGGCGACACCGGGGGCGGCGCCGAGGCUCCCGGGGACAGCGAGCCGCUGCCUGGGCACACACGGGAGGAACGAGCCGAGGGAGCCGCUCAACUCCCCGCAGAGAGCCAAGGAGUUCAUCUACCGGCUGCAGCCCAAGGAGAGGACGUGUCUGCUGGGGGAGCUGCAGAGCUUCGAGUCCAGAGCCAUCGCUCAAGAGACGCUGGAGCCCUCGCCACCGACUGCAGCCCAGAUCCGAUAUGUUUUGUUCCAUAACGCCCUCCCCUUCGUUGGAUUCGGUUUCCUCGAUAACGCCAUCAUGAUCGCAGCAGGAACACAGAUUGAACUCUCGAUCGGAGUCACCCUGGGGAUCUCCACCAUGGCCGCUGCCGCUCUCGGGAACCUGGUUUCAGAUUUGGCCGGUCUCGGUCUUGCAGGUUAUGUCGAGGCUCUGGCUUCCAAACUGGGGAUGCAGGUUCCAGAUCUGACUCCCAAACAGGUGGACAUGUGGCAGACCAGGCUCAGCUCUCACAUGGGUAAAGGCAUCGGCGUGUCCAUCGGCUGCAUUCUGGGGAUGUUCCCGCUCUUUUUUCUGGGCGACGAUGACGAGAAGGAGAAAGAAGCCGAACCGUCGGCCGACACGUCGGACUCUUCCUAACAGGCGACACGACAACACCGUCACAUCCACAGACCGCUGAUGUCAAACGCACAAAAAAAACAAAAACACAAAGUAUUUCCCGUGGAGUGUUUCUCCGUCCUCCUGCUCGGGCAGCGUUCACACCUCCUCAGCUCCAUCAAGACGUUUUUUCAGCUUCAUCAAGCUGUCGUGUUUUUACACUGUCUGCUCCGCUAAGACGCGCCGUCUGCUAAUUCAAUAUGUCGGUUUAAUUGGAGAUCUCACUCGUUUAAGGUUUUGUCAAGGGACGAGUCGGCACCGAUUCCAGCAUCAUUCGAUGUGUUCGGCCCUGACUAACACGAGGAGAGACAGCACAACUAAACUCUGACACAGUUAGAACAGUCUUAAAUGAUCCAGACAAGUUCAAACACUAAACUCACUAUAAACUAUAAAUAUGCAGAAAUACCAGGUUUGAAUCAGCCACAAAGUCUCGGGAGACAAAAAUUUAAUUGAUCGAGACGUUUUGAUUCAAAAGUUUCCGUGUGUCCUAAAAGUUUUACAGCAUCAGAUUAUUCAGCGUCUAGUUUUCAAAACGUUUGACCACGUUGUCGAUGGUGUUGCUCUUGAGGAGUCGCCGUGUUGUGAACGCCGCCUGAGCUCAGACAGCAGAAACACAGACGGUACUUACUGACGCUGAGCGGCUGUUCAGGCGGUCUGAACACUAUUUCAAGUCUUAUGUUUCUUCAGACUCUUUGUACGUUUGAAGACUUCUCUCCAGAACACUAUUCGUCAAACUGAAGCUGAGUGACGGUGAACACUCACAGCUUAAACUUUUGUGUCCUCUGCUACCUCGACGGGAAUGUUUUCUGUGUUUUGCAUGAAGAACUGAUGUAGCUCUAUAAUCCCACUUUUUAAAAAUGUUCCGCACGGGUUGAUGAACGAAGGAAAGUUUCUAUUUUCAGUUUUCGGAUGUUUGUUUUUCUGCUUUUCUCUCUCGCUCUCACUUGACUUCCAUCCAGUCGUCUGUGUAAUUAGUUUCUUAGCUCGUGUUUCAUCACAACUUGAAGCUCCAGAUGGUUCAAGAUUUAAGACCGUGGAGUCCACAACAGUUUAAGACACACUCCAUGUUUAUGCAGAUUUUAGUCUCAAUCAGCUACAACUAACGAUUCUUUACAUUUUUUCCAAAAAUCAGCCAAAUGUUUCCGUCUCAGUUCUCCAGGAGACAUUCACGCACUUUAAAGCUGUCUCAAAAACCCCCACAAUGCAACAUGAGAAGUGUUUCAGGCACAGAGUCUCUCAUCGCGGCUCACCACAGAGUUCAGACGAUUAUCGGACGAUUAAACGAGGAAAUUAACAGACUGACGCCUUUUUUCAAGGAUUUCAAGGACCCGUAUUGUAAAGUCUGAGUUUGAGGGGAAAAGAAUCAAGGCCUUGAAAAGUUUUGAAGAUAGACACGGGUCAUUGAAAGUGCUUGAAUUUAUACAUUUAGUUGGUAUGAUGGUAAAUCUGCUAGUUCUCAUUAAGAUUAUCAGUGUUUUUACAGGAAUUAACUCUGAGCAGCGGUCUCAGUUUAUACCGUGUUGGGUCCUGGAAUUUAAGGGGAAGUGGGUCUGGAAAGUCUUUGAAAGAAUUUGAUGCUUGUGAAGCUGGGUAACCAUGACGAUAGAAGCAGGAGGAAGGUUAACGUACAGACGAAUGUUUCAUUGUUACACAAAGUUUACAAGAAAUUAAUCUACAGUUUACUACAUCCUGGAACAUCCUGGAACAUCCUGGAACAAACUGGUUUUAUUCGUUAUCAUGUUAUGGAAGGAGAACAGAGUUCUUUUCAUGCCUUGAAACGUUGUAAAAACUUUGAGGAAACGUUGUAAUAACGUUUGAUUUUUAGAUGUUGUUUAACAGAUGAGACGACGACGCCGAGCUCGAAUCCUUCCACAUCCUCAAACAUGAGUUAAUUAAAAGAAAAAAGCUCGUUUGCACAACGCUGUGAAUGUGUUUGUACUCGGCUGCAGAAGAUACUGAAGUUUGUCAGUGGAUUAACUGUAAAAAAAAAAAA